UCCUAUUUUUGGAGUAGGUUGUACAUACCAUGAUUUGUGUCCUACCACCCGACAUACCCACGGCGAAAUUAGUCGGCAGGGAUUGGUGAUCCACUCUGCAAGGCGGCUUUGCGACGUGAUGAUCAUUUUCCAUCCAGAGAUUCAUGAUCGACAUGUAUAGCGACCGAUUUCCCUUCCUCCUACUAAGCCUGGGACUCCUCCUGGCGAAAAUUUUACAUGGUGCUCUUGGAAUAAAAGUAAAAAAUAGCCUUAAUAAUUCAAGUCCACGCCUCGGCGACACGAUAACGUUUGAGUGUAACAUUGUUAUUGGGACCGCCAAGAGUGUUUCAUGGUACAAGGACAAAACUGGAAACAUCAGUCAAAUAAUUUAUUUGACGCACAAUUGUAGUGUUUUCGCAGACAAGUAUAAAUCGAGAUUAAAGAACGUUCAGUGUGAUACGAAUAAUCAUGAUUUUCAAUUAAGUGAUGUUCAAAUUUCGGACCGCGGAAAGUGGCUGUGUGAGGCAGAUGGAGAAGAGGCCAAAUCACCGCUGAAAUUAGAUGUUUUAGUUCCACCCCUCACCCCGACAGUUACAAAUCCAUCACCGAUGAAGGUUGGAGACGUUGGAAAUUUCACCUGUAAUGCUGAAAAUGAAAACGUCACAAAACCAGUCACGUACACAUGGACUAAAAAUGGCAACACUGUCUCACCAGGGACUGUUGAACCUGGUGCCCUGCUCUUUUCGGUUGUCAAAAAGUCAGAUGCUGGGAAGUAUGUCUGUGUCGCAAAAAAUGAUGCCGGAUCUAAAGAAAGCACGGAACAGGAUUUUGUUGUUCACUCAUCCGACACAAGUGACUUAAGCAAUAGUGUGCCUAUAAACACCACAGCGUCCUACACAAGUGACUUAAGCAAUAGUGUAUCAGUAAACACCAAAGCGUCCUACACAAGUGACUUAAGCAAUAGUGUAUUAGCAAACCCCGAAGAAGCAACCCAAAGCUCGAAAGAAACAAACAAAAAUUUUAAAGUUGGCAUCGAUUUGAUCGCUGUAGGGGGCUCACUGGUGGUCAUCAGCAUUGUCAUCGGCAUUGUCAUAAUCGUUAUCAAACACAAGGAGAUGUCCAGUGGCAAAAAAAGGAAAGAUUCCCCAUCCACUGGUCUCAAUGGUUUUAGUGAUGAUCAGGAAUCGCAAGACAAUGUGGUAACUGGCCAGUCAGCCCUAUUAGGAGGUCAAGUCAAUCAUGCGAUGCGUCUCUCCCUUCCACGUUCAGAAUGCGACCCUAAUGAAAAUCACAAAGUUGCAAAAUCAAAACUUCGAACGCCUGAUGUCGUGUCGGACACGAAUCAGUACGCCGAGAGUGCGGCUCUCCACGUGCCCGUCGGCAAGAACGGGAGUCAGAAGGAAGUUCGCCCGACAUUGCUCAGGCCGACACAGCCCGCUAGUCCUGCUAAGGAACAUCUAUACGGGAAUGUGAAAAGGAAGAUCCAGCCACAGCAAAAGGGUGGCAGUGGAGGUGUACCGAAGCCAAUUGGAGUGGACGGCACAGUGUACGCGAAACUUUCGUUCCAACCUGCUAAACACGACCAUCCAGUAAGGCGGACUGAAGAGCCAUCACCAUACUCAACUGUCGAUUUCAGCCGAAAGGCGCCGCCUUUGGAAGAGGAAGAAGAAGUACUUGUGCAGUACAUUACUUAGUUACGAAAUUGGCCUUUGUGCAUCUUAAUCUCCUGGUGACACAUCAUACACACGAAGUAAUCAUUGAAGAUUUCCUGUACAUGUGUAUCUGGCCCAUUGAAAUAGGCUCGGAUGCAGCUGUACAUCGAACCUAUAUGCAAUCAAACAAUCAGGAAUGUAAUUCAGAUCUCGAUGCGACAUUUAUUAUAAGGGGACAGUUGUAUUUUCUCUAUGAAAUGCUCUAUUUUAGUAAGUAGUCUGUGCUCACUUGUUUCAAAUCUGUUUCUGCAUGUAAUUGGAUUUUGUGUGCUUAGAUAUACAGUGCUUAUAGAAUAUGCGCUGAUUAUAUAUUCGGUUAUAUAUCACGGCAAAGCUCAUUUAAAGGGACCACCUGGGCGAGGGGUUAACCUGGCCAGAAUAAUACGCCUUCUUGCCAUUAUGCGUCGCCACUUGUAGUAGCAGACUGAUGCUGAUCUCUAAAUAUGAUUUUCGUCUGUGUAGCAAGGCAUUUUUGAACAUGGCUUGUGGAUUUCAGGCAGGCCUUGGCUUACACCCUGUUCUAGUGCAUUGUUUACUGCAGUUCAAUGAAUUUUUAAUCGCCGUUGAACAUUCGGUUUUCUUUUUUGUUCAUUUGAGUUUUAUGUACAUAAAUGUAUCACUCAGUGCUUUUACAUAUUUGUUAAUAGGUUACAUGUGCAUACAUGUUGAUCAUGUUAUAAUUAUACAGUCAUGUAUAUGUAACUAGACACAUGAAGUUUGCACUAGAUUUGGCCGAAGGAAAAGGUUGGUAAAAUGAUGAGUUAGGUUCGGAAAUGACUAUUUGGGACAAUUUUGAGAACAAAAUGGUUUCAAGAUUGAAAUUCCAGGGGUAUUGCCUCCGUAGCCUCCAACGCGCAUUGUCUGGAACCUGAGCAAUGUCAAUACAUUUAGGUUCAAGAUCAAAUUAUAAGCUUGGAAGGAACUUGAGAAUCAGAAUGCAUUAGAUUUAUGUGAAAAGACCAUUUUAUGAAUUACGUUUUAUAUUUCAAAUUGAACCGGAUUGUCAAACAUUAUAAGAAAAAACAACUCAGAAAAUUCAGAUACGGCUUUGGUCUCGUUUUGGUGACAAACGCCUGCGCUUCACGUGACGCCAACAACUCUGGCUCGGUGACUGUUUGAAGUUUAGAAAUCAUUUAAUUUACAUUCAAUAUACAUGAACAAGCAUCAGUCUAAGUACAUUUUAUAUUAUUGUAAAAUUUCGGUAAUUUCAUGGGUGGUUUCAUGGGCAUGGUUUUAUGAUUUUAGAACGUUCCAAGGUUAGAACCAACUCUGAGAUACAGGUUUUUGAUACUCCUACUAUAACUCUUAUAUAAAAAUUUGAGAUAUCGAGAGGCGGAGUAUAUUGAACACAACUGGUGCCAGGAUGACGACGUGCCGGUUGUUCACUAAUCUAAAAAUCUAAAUCUAAUCUAAAUCUUUCCAGUCUUGUGACUUUUUGUUAAGUUUAUUCAAGAUGUGAAGGCCUCGUUUAUUAAGGGUUUUGUUCAUGUUCGUUAUAAUUGUAUGUAUUUUGUACCUUGUGAUGUUGGUAAUUAUGUAAUGGAUAUUUUUGUGUUACACGAAAAUCAAUCGAUGCAAACGGAAUAGAAAAAAAGGCACCAAUGUAAAAUAUUACCCGGUGAUUUUUUAUUUAUUUGUGUGGAAAAUAUGACAUCUUAGAUAGUUGCAUUAUUUUAUUUUUCGUUUCAUAAGUGUGCCUGUCAGUUGAGUUUUCAUUAAGGGGCAACUUAUUGAUGUUAUUGAGUAGAAUCAUUUUAGAUAUUUUGUUGUAGACAUUUUUUUACUUGUUACACGGGUUUUAAAAACUCUGGAAAUUUUUAUUUUGUGUCAGUCCGAACGAUUCCAAAGACAGCAUUGGUAAGAUAUUAUCAUUAUGGUUGUUCGGUCGUGAUUUCAAGAUGUCGAUACUGAUAUUGUAAUUUAAGAGGAAGACCAAUGUGAUAAACAUACCUCUUCUAAGCCUGUUUUUCAUUAAUUAAUCAGACACUUCCAUUGAUGGGGACCAGUACCUUUGUUAAGAAAUUCAUAUUAUGAAAGAAUAUUUUACCAUUCUUGUAAUAAAUUACGAAGAUUCUAGAAAUCAGGUUAUUUGAGCUACAUGUAGAUUAUAUCAGAAAGGCACAUACGGUGUGUGCACUUCGACAUUGUCUUCUGGGUAGUGUUACUUUAUGUACUGAUUAUGAUUCUGAUUAUGAUUCUGUACCUCAAAAAAGCACUGGUGUGAAAAGAAGACUGUCACAUCUACACAUCACUGUAGAUAAUGUACAGUUUGUACGGGUUGAAGUGAGCCCCUUCUGGUUGCUCCUUGAAACCCCUGAUUGAUUUCUGUGGAGACCAGGGUAAUAAUACAGUAUCCAAAAAACGCAUUGAACAGGGAAACAAGGAAAAGCGCUAUCUAAGAACUCAAUAUUAUUAUCAUUAUUAAUAUUAAAUGCACACAUUUACUGUAGUAAUCAGAUUCUGCCGAGCUGGCUUUAAAAUCAGGUUGGGCGUUUUUUCAGAAAAAAAGGAACGAUCGGCCCAACAACAUCCAUUCUGAGAUUGAUUCCCACUUAAAGAAAUCCAGUCGUGGCACAAGUCUUUAUUAAUAUUAAGACUAGCUGAACGUGGUUAAAAUAACAAAAUUUGUAAUUAAUUCUUAUGCAGCUCAUUGGCUACAUAAUGAACUACUUGAGGGAAACUCGAAACUGCAAACAUUCAUCAAUGGAAGCUUAUUCCCGCCUUAGGUUUUAACCGGGCCGUUCAAAAAUCCCAAUUUCUAUAAGCGUUUCGCUAUAGGUUUCCUGUAACAGCUGAGUGCAACGUCGGUGAUAUGUUAGGAAGAUUAUAUUUUAUGAAGAUUUCGAUUUUUGCGGAUCUGUUUCCGAAAUAAAACAUUGAUUGUAUUUUAACACUGGUUAACCGU